UUACUAUAGUAAGUACAUGUAGUAACGUGUAACCACGGCACUGUAAAAUAAAGUGUUACCGAAUGUACUGCUAAGAACGUGGCACGUGUGUUUCAAAAAAAGGAUUUUUUUAUUUUGGACAUCAUUAUUUGUCAGUGACCAAUUGUAGGCAGCAUACAUCGCACACCACCUUGAAGAAACUCUCCGAACCAGCCUGUGGUUUCGCGCAGCCACGAGCGUUUGACGAGCCCGUGUGGCUGUGGGCGCUUGUGUUUCCCUCGCUCGCCUUUUUAUAGCGUAACUGCGGGACUAGUGGCUGGUCUUUAAUCAGAGACUGGAGAGGCGGGCCGAGGUGCUGACUGUAAUGCGAUAGCUGCGCCCGUCCUUAAUGCUAUUACAUCCACAUGCUGCUGCCGUGCAAGACUCAGCGCUCAAACGCGGAGACGCGCAGUGCCAAAGAGACAGCGCGCGGAGUAUCUCUAUCACAAGACUUCAGUUACGGACCCGCUGCACGGAGGACCUCAUUCGAGCUGCACUUUCCUGACAGUUUACCGCCGUGGCCAGUAUUUCCCGUGCGAGACAGAGCUUUUGGUGGUGGAUUCUGUGGGGAGGAGACCGGGAAAACGCUUCAUGUCAGUUGGAUUUGAAGGCGAGAGAAAGCGCCGCUCACCUCACUCACUCACGCGCUGCUAUAGCUCGAGGAAAUCAAGCCAAAAUAUGUUUUUGGUCUGAACUCUGGCUUUUAAAGAGAAAGUUAUUUAGUUUUAAAGUCAGACGCUUUUCGUUGUUGUUGCUUUUGUUUAGGAUACAACUGGAGAUGUUAAACGGCCAGGUCUGGGUUGAAUUUACGCAUCCAGCAUUUUGAAACAUAUCGAGAAAGCAGGCGGCAGAAUUGUUGUCAGACUCAAGACACAAGUGGAUACAUCACCAGUGGACAAGAACAUUUUCAAAGAACAUCACAAGAACUUCAGCUUUCACUCUACACGCACUGGGUGAACAUUCACCCAGAAAAGAUGGAUUUAUUCACAAAGCUCUGUGGAUCUUUACUUGUCUUGUGUGCGGCAUUAGUUUAUGGAGAUGAGGAGCCAUGUGGCGGGCAUUUGGAUGCCAGUGACGCAGGCUACAUCACAACACCCGGUUACCCGCUGGAGUACCCGCCCCACCAGAACUGCCGAUGGGUGAUCACGGCACCCGAACCGUCCCAGCGCAUCGUCCUAAACUUCAACCCACACUUUGAGCUUGAGAAACUAGACUGCAGGUAUGACUUCAUUGAGAUCCGGGAUGGUAACUCAGAGAGCGCUGAUCUGUUGGGGAGACACUGUAGUAACAUCGCGCCCCCUGCGAUCAUCUCCUCAGGCCCCGUUCUGCACAUCAAAUUCGUCUCAGACUACGCCCACCAGGGGGCAGGGUUUUCGCUGCGCUAUGAAAUCUAUAAGACAGGCUCCGACUGUUCCAGAAACUUCACCAGUCCGUCAGGUGUGAUCGAGUCGCCCGGCUUCCCUGACAAAUACCCCCACAAUCUAGAGUGCACCUUCAUCAUCAUCGUCCCUCCUCACAUGGACGUCACCCUCACCUUCCUGACAUUCGACCUGGAGAACGACCCCUUGCAGGGCUCGGAGGGCGAGUGCAAGUAUGACUGGCUGGAGGUGUGGGACGGCCUCCCGCAGGUGGGACCUCUGAUUGGACGACAUUGCGGUACCAAAAUCCCCUCUGAAAUACAGUCGUCCACUGGUAUCCUCUCUCUGUCCUUUCAUACGGACAUGGCCGUGGCCAAAGAUGGCUUCUCUGCCCGCUACAACAUGACUCUUAAGGAGGUCAAUGACAAUUUCCAUUGCAGUAAUGCUCUUGGCAUGGAGUCAGGAAAGAUCAGCGAUGACCAAAUCUCUGCAUCAACCAGCUUCUAUGAUGGCCGAUGGUCUCCAAGACAGGCUCGACUUAACUUCGAAGACAACGCAUGGACGCCCAAUGAGGACAGCAACAAAGAAUACAUCCAGGUGGACCUGCACUUCCUUAAGGUCCUGACGGGCAUCGCCACCCAGGGUGCCGUCUCCAAAGAGACGCACAAGUCCUACUUCGUCACCACCUUUAAACUGGAGGUCAGCACUAACGGAGAAGACUGGAUGAUCUACCGCUACGGCAAGAAUCACAAGGUUUUCCAUGCAAACGCAGACCCCUCAGAGGUGGUCCUGAACCGGAUCCCUCAGCCUGUCUUAGCUCGGUUUGUCCGCAUCCGACCUCAGACAUGGAAGAAUGGAAUCGCUUUACGCUUCGAACUUUACGGCUGUCAAAUCACGGACGCUCCAUGCUCCGAGAUGCAGGGAAUGCUCUCUGGCCUCCUGCCAGACUCUCAGAUCUCAGCCUCCUCUAUGAGGGACAUCCACGGGGCCACAGGUGCCGCCCGGCUGGUGGCCAGCCGAUCAGGGUGGUUCCCCAGUCCCGCGCAGCCCGUGGCUGGCGAAGAAUGGCUGCAGGUAGACCUGGGAGUCCCCAAAACCGUACGGGGUAUCAUCACGCAAGGCGCCCGUGGGGUGGACGGCAGUACCAGCGCAGAGAACCGAGCCUUCGUGAGGAAGUAUAAACUGUCCCAUAGCUUGAAUGGAAAAGAUUGGAGCUACAUUAUCGACUCCAAGACCAAUUUCCCAAAGAUUUUUGAGGGCAACACACACUAUGACACCCCAGAGAUCCGUCGCUUCGAUGAGAUCGUGGCCCAGUUUAUACGGGUGUAUCCAGAGAGGUGGUCACCCGCCGGCAUCGGAAUGAGACUGGAGAUACUGGGUUGUGACUUGCCAGAAUCUACCACUAUUCCUGACACUGCCACGCCAACCCUUCCCCCUCAGGAAGCGACAGGUACCGCCCACAGGACACCAGCUCCCACCACUCUGUCAUCUUUGGGUGGUCUGUGUGACUUUGAGCAGAGUAUGUGUGGAUGGACCCACGACCCCAUGUCUGAUCUGAAGUGGUCGUUGUAUAGUUCGUCUAGUCCUAGUCUGGACCUGACAUUGGGAUCUGACAAUUUUGGGAAUUUCCUGUACGUGGAGGCGAGUCCCAAGUCAGAGCCGCAGCGCGCACGGUUAAUGAGCCCAUCGGUGGGACCCGAGCGCCGUCCCGUCUGUCUGCUCUUCUACUACCAGCUUCAGGGUGAAGGUCAGGACAGUCUCCGUGUGCUGCUCCGGGACGAUGACCAGGAGGAGACGCUGCUCUGGGCACUGAAAGGAGACCAGGGGCCCAUGUGGAGGGAAGGCCGCACCAUCCUGCCUCAGUCCCCUAAAGAAUAUCAGGUUGUCAUCGAGGGCUUCUUUGAGCGAGGCAGUCAAGGGCACAUCUGGGUCGACAACAUCCAUAUGAGCUCCAGCAUGGAGCUUGAGCAGUGUACACAACCCUUCGCUGCAUUCCCCCCUGAAAUGACUGGGGGAGCCUCACCUGGCUGGAGCGACCCCACUGUUGACACGACAGUGUCCCUGCAGCCCAUGCCCACCUACUGGUAUUAUGUAAUAGCCGGAGGUGGCGCCAUUUUCCUCCUGGGCUGCGUCACGUUGGUCAUGGUGCUGUGUUGCCAUCGCUACCACCUGGCAGCCAAGAAGAGCCAGCACUCUGUGUCCUACCAGAGCACGUAUACAGGACAGUACGGAAGUGGUGGCCUCAGGAAUCUCGCCGGACCUGGGGUGGAGCCGAUGCUAACGAUUAGGUUAGAGAAGCAAGAGCCCUGCUCCCAGUGCUGAGACAACACCGACGAAUCGCUUCCUCCCACUGUUUCACAAGGACACCUGCAUGGUGCCCCUUAAAGUUGAGGAUGAGGCGAAGAAGAUGUGGACUGAUAUAAGCACCAGAGUUGUCGAGUUCUCUGUGACUCUUUUGUGGAGCUCCAGUGCUGGGAAGGAGGAGAUCUGCUGUGCCGAAGGGACAUCCAGCCAAAAUCCUGACUGGCAGGGACCCCCUUUCCCCCUUCUCUCUCUAGCUGUAUGUGUGGAUGGGAACCUUACUGUGAAAGCUCUAAUCUCCUGUUCAUGACCAAUCCUAUUGUACAGUCAAAAGAACUCGGCAGCAUUGCCAAACUCUGAGGAGAGCCUGCGAACAGCGACGGGAGAGAGGCGUCAGAACAAAAAGGAAAACGGGCAAACAUUUCCUUGCAUGUGUGCCUCAUCUUAUGUGCACAUAGGAACACUCAAGGAGUUCAACAAGAAGCUUCAAAGAGACAAAAGCAUGAAUGUCAAACACUCUGGGACAAAUGUUCUUGCUGGAGAAUCAGGAUAUGUGCGGAAGGCUUAGGUACCACGUAAUGUACUGAAUUUUUAAACUCCUGGUACCUCCUUUGACUAUUGAAUGAAGAUUCUUAAAAGCAUUUUGAGGGCUGUUUGCCUUCUCAGAGAGUUCAUUUUGAGUAUCUGUCAAUGUGUGUCUAUAUAUAAACUCUUCUUUUCUGAAAGUCACUGGGGCUUUGGCACUUAGAGUACGUCUGAAGAGAUACAGUAUGUUUUCCGCCUAUAUGCAAAGGUCAUAUGACCCCGCCUUAGCCAGCCUACUCCUCUGAUUGGCCGACCGACUGACACAACAUUGGCCUUAAGACGCUUCAGUGGCAUUGGGCUAGUUCAAGCCGAUCACUGUUCUCAUUUAUUAUUUAAUCCUUUGGUAUUCAUGCUCAGCCGAGAUCAACUUAAGUGUAUAUGCAGCUAACUGAUGCACUGACUUUAUUUUUAUAGCCAACGCUAAAGCAGUGUGUGUAUUUGUGUGUUGUUCCCCCAGAGAUUUUGAUUUACACAUAGUCUUGUAAAAGAGCAGAAGCGGAGAGCUUUGUAAAUCUGCCAAAUGUUAGACGGUGCAGGAAUGCUUCGCUAGCUGAUUUUGCUUCAGGGAGUGAGUUGGCACGUUAGCAUGUUAGCUGGAGCCCAUCUCCAAGUCCACCUUCUAUAGUGUCACUCAAUACACCUGCUGAUGUCUUACUGAAUCAUUAACCAACCUCUUAUCUGUAUUUUUAGAUGUUUUUUUGCCGUUUUAUCAGUUGAGUUUGAUAACAGAUAGGGAAAAAACAAUUAGCAUUUUGUUUUAUUAGCAUUAUUUGCAUAUGACAAUCUUGCUACAGAUUUUUUUCUUUUCUUUAAUGUAUCAAAACAUAUUAUAUAUGCAGGAGAACGUUUUAAAAUGCACAUAAAAAAUUUUCCCUGUGUGCUGCGAGUAUUCGCUUUAUCUCUUUCAUGUGCUACUUGAAACGUAGCGGUAUACCUCUGAAAAAAAAAAAACAUGCUAUGGUCUGUCCAAGUACAUAGUGUUCAGUGUUUUCUUCUGCACCAAACAAACACACAAAAUAGGCGCCAUCAGAGCUCAGGAUGGAAAUUCCCCCAACAAAACAUUUUCCUCUUUACACAUAAAGAGUCUGAGGCUUCAUCCAUUACUGAAAGCAUCUGUCAGGCAGCCACGUCAGAUUUUGGCUUCAUCUAAAGCAACUGGGAUGAAAGGAGAAAGUAAAUCCUGAUAUCUUGUUAUGUCCUCCAUCUGGCAAUAGGUGAAAAUAAUCCCCCAUCACGGACGGGCUGGCCCUUUUCUCGCCCGUUUAUCUGCUCUUCAAGAAAGAAUGUGUGGGGAGAUGGAGGGCGAGAUCAAAGAAAAGCCUGCUUUAAAUAUAGACCUUCUCUGCAAAAUCCAGGGUCUGAAGGGGUUUGUUUGAAACACAAAAGCACAUGAAAGAUCCUUGCAGACAGCCAGAGAGACCACCUGACCCGGCAGGCACAUUGUGGAGCAUUGUCUCCUCUUUUCCAACCUAAUCCUCUAUACAGUAGAGUGUGUUCUGGGGAGAUGGGACACACGGCAGCUUUUCAUGCGAGACAUCAGUUCAGUUCAGUUUUGAGUCAGGUGGUCUCCGUUGCGCCGCCAUAUUACGAAACCUCUCGCUUAUUUAAGGCAGAUUUUGCGAUACGCAACACGUUUCUUUGAGUUUCUGUGGCCCACCCACCCCAAUUGAAUGUGUAACAACACUAGUGUCAAAAUUGUCUUGUCUCGUCUUUUUGUUUUGAGCAAGAUGCAUUUUUCUGUCCUGGAUGUUUCAUAUGCCUGUAUGAUUAAUGUAUGAAUUUAUAUCAAACUUUUAACUCAGACUAAACAAUUGUGAUUCUGUAUGUUGUUUUUAGUCUGAAUGUAUUAAUUUAAUUUCAUUCUCAGUUUUUCUCUUUACUAUUUAUUCUGAGUUGCUUAAAAGUGACAUGUCAGCUGAUCAUAAUAUGUUUUUAAAUUUAUUUUGGUUUUUUAAAGGUUUCUUUGAACCAUUUCAUAUUUCUAAUUAGGUAAUGGACCAGAUUACAUUUUCUUAAGCCUGUCAUAAGCAUUCUUACUUGGAGUGUCUCUGAUAGUACCUGCACAAAACAGCAUAUGCUUUCACCCCUCCUCAGAGACAGAGACAGGAAAAAGAGGGAGACGUCUAAAGUGUCUGUCUGGAGAAACUGAAUUUUAAUGUGCAAAAAAAUACUCCAGGUUGUAUGCUCUGUAUGUUUUGCUUAAAAAACAGGUGAAAUAUUCCACCUACAGAAUUUGAACUUGAUUAAAUCAGUUCGGUCUAUUGAAGUAUUUACUCAUGUUUACUUAACAUGAAUUUUUGAUGUUCAUUAUGUCGACAUUAUGCUUAAUUUGCAUCAAGUUCUGAUAGGUUUGUGGUUGUGUGCACUUUUUUGUCCUUUGUGAAUGUGGGGCUUUGACCCUGCCAUCUAUAUAAGCUUUUUCUUUCCUCUCUACAACGCAGCAUUUUCAGCCUGUUUAAAUACAUACAGUAUGAGGUAUAUUUUAGCCUGUUGAAUUUCGUGGUCUUGGAAAUGUUGUAUGGAAUGUUACAAUAAAGUGAUAUUUUUCUACAAACUGCA